AUGGGAUUGAUGCUAUUGAUGUGUAGAGAAUUAUUAUCUGAAAGAGGUGAUGCUAAGAAGAAUAUAAAAAUAAAUCAGUUGAUUGAAACAUUACGAAAACAUUAUGAAUCUUUAUCUAAUGCAUUAAAAGUAUUUGCAAACUCUAUAUAUGGUGAAAACGGUUAUAUAUUUUCACCUCUUUAUAAGAAAGAGAUCUCAUUAUCUGUAAUAGCAUUUGCACGUUAUUGUCUUAGAUUAGUAAUAGAAUAUGCUAAAA